AUGGUACAGUCCUGUUCAGGCAGACCUGAUAGAAGAGACUCGAAAGUUUGUUCAACAAGGGAAAUGAAGGGACUCUCACCGCUGCACUUGAUCUUGACAAGCCUUCUAGUCUACGCAAUUAGCGCAAAUGUUGUCGAAUCUGAUUUUGUUUGUGAGCGGGACAUUGUCCCCAAAGAUAGGAUCAACACGGCAAUUUUUCACGCUUGUUCGUCUUUCAGUGACUUAACAAACAGGAAUAAAUUUCCUGCUGAAUUCGAUCCUUCCACCACACACUUUAUAGAAGAUGCUAUUCUAUUUUCCUGGCCUGUCACAAUUGAUGGGGAUCAUUAUAUCAAAGGUCAUGCUGGAAAGUUUCGUUUGCUCAUAGACUCAAGCUGUAAAUUUUACGGAAUGGUAAAGACAAUCAAAGAUGAACCUGUUUUACGCUGCUAUCAACCGGUAAAGUCUGAAAACUUAUACGAAUUAUCAUCCAGCUCUGGUCCUAGAAAGCAAUCCAUCCUCCGGGCCUACAGAUGUGAGAAUGAAAUAUUUGAUAUGCCGUACAUCAAAAUUACGGUCAAGGCAGCUACAAAACCCCAACAGGCGCAGAAACAUGGCCAAACCAACUUUCGCUUACAGAGAUAUACAGCUAUUGAUGAAUUAUUUCAAACGACCGUUUAUGUUGUGCCCAACGAGGUAGCAAGUAAGGAAUAUCAUAAAAUAGAAGAUUUUCUUAGACCCUACUUUAUCGUUAUAGAUUCCCAAUUUAAAAUGUUAGACAUGGUAUUUAAGAAGAACAAUAUCUGGGCAAGAUGUGAUAAACUUUUAGAAAAUGAACCAGAACCACGUCACUCCUUUGAUAUAACAACGAAUUCCAUCGGAGAAAUUAAUUUCCUUGGUGUAACUAGUUACAUGUGCGGCUCAUACAAGUUCACGCAAAAAUCAGUCAAUAGCCACAUGCAGUUAGGUUGCAAUGUAGUGCAGCAACUCGAUAAAUCUUCAAUUACCCUGAACGGUUACCAAAAUGAUGGGGAUUUAACUUCUACUGUAGGAACAUUUACAACUGUAAAGCAGUCCCUAAAAUUACCAGAAGCUGUAUUUCCAAGCAUUGGGAGAGGAGGAAUGACACCGAAUAAAUCUAUGAUUUUUUUUGAUAAAAACUGUAAUUUCCUCGGAGCUUUUUGGUUCCACCAAAAAAAAAUUCAUAAAUGCAUUGAAUUAUCACCUUAA